GUGCUCCAGCAGCCCCGCGGCAGCAGCAGCAGCAAGCAGCGAGUGAGUGAGUGAGUGAAGGAGGUGGUCGCCGCACCGGCAAAGCUUGGCACACAUCGGGAAUCUCAGCAGGCGGGGGAUGCCGAGCACAGCCAUGAAGAAAAAGAUAUGGUGCCCGACCCACUGAGUUACUCCAGCAUUUUGUGUCUAUCUUCGGUGUAAACCAGCAUCUACAGUUCCUUCCUACACAACAGAAUGAAGGUGCUGUUGAUGGGAAAGAGUGGGUCUGGUAAGACCAGCAUGAGAUCCAUUAUUUUUGCAAACUACAUAGCCAGGGAUACAAGACGACUUGCAGCUACAAUUGACGUGGAACAUUCGCAUGUCCGAUUUCUGGGAAACCUGGUCCUGAAUCUAUGGGACUGUGGUGGCCAAGAUACUUUCAUGGAAAACUACUUUACAAGUCAACGGGACAACAUAUUCCGUAAUGUGGAAGUUCUUAUUUAUGUCUUUGAUGUGGAAAGUCGUGAAUUGGAAAAAGAUAUGCACUACUACCAGUCGUGCCUGGAAGCAAUUCUUCAAAACUCGCCUGAUGCCAAAAUAUUUUGUCUUGUUCACAAGAUGGAUCUUGUGCAGGAGGAUCAGCGUGACUUGAUUUUUAAGGAGCGUGAAGAUGAUCUGCGGCGCUUGUCCCGUCCUCUAGAGUGCACGUGCUUUCGGACCUCCAUCUGGGAUGAGACCUUGUACAAAGCAUGGUCAAGCAUUGUGUACCAACUGAUCCCUAAUGUACAACAACUGGAAACCAACCUGAGGAACUUUGCUCAGAUUAUUGAAGCUGAUGAGGUACUACUGUUUGAAAGGGCUACAUUCCUAGUGAUUUCUCACUAUCAAUGUAAAGAACAGAGGGAUGCACAUAGAUUUGAAAAAAUCAGCAACAUUAUUAAGCAAUUCAAACUAAGCUGCAGUAAACUGGCAGCGUCUUUCCAAAGUAUGGAAGUUAGGAACUCCAAUUUUGCAGCAUUUAUUGAUGUCUUCACAUCCAACACAUAUGUGAUGGUAAUCAUGUCAGAUCCAUCCAUACCUUCAGCAGCUACACUCAUCAAUAUUCGUAAUGCCCGGAAACACUUUGAGAAGCUGGAGAGAGUUGAUGGUCCUAAACACAGCCUUUUGGUUCGUUGAAUGGGCGGCUUUAUUAUGGACAAGAUAUCAAAUGGGUGUACGACAACUUGAUAUUUCCUGAUAUAAUUCUUUAUAUCGUGUCUGUUUUUGAGUAAUUUGCUGCAGUUGUCACAUUUUUUGUGACCUUGAACACCUUGCCAUGUAAUUUGUCUUGUUUCCUGAAUGCAACAGUCCCUGUUCAUUCCAGACACUGCUUCAAUACUCUCACAUGAUACAGCGUCACCUGGUCCCAUCUUAUUGACACUUCAGGCAGGAUCGGCAACUUUUUGAAAAGUGCUCUGGGGUUUAUAUAAUUUCAAAAUCUGUCUUUCAAUUCUGCAUGCAAAAUAUGCCUUGUCUUUUUCUUUCAGACCUGACAAUCUAACCAAUGCUCUUUUCUUUACCCCUCCAAAAUGAAGUUAAGCACAUUAGAUGUAUAUAUGAUGAAAACUCCCAUGUUAAAGGAAGUGAUAUCAAUUUAUUAAGGAGAUAUGAAGAUAAUCAAUUCAGUGGUAUUCAUAGAAUGUAAGUGCUGAAACAAAUAGCAUAAUUACUUUCUCCAAUUCACAUUUUCAAAAAGGUUUGUGAUUUUGUAAAAUGUCAUUCAUUUUGUUUGCACUGUUUCUUUUAUGUCUUUUGUGUUGUAGUUAUUGUGAAAAUUCAACUGUGGUCUGUUUGUUGAAUCAUUGGAUUCUCUGUAUUCCCACAGUUAUUUUAUGCUGGUUUGGGAUGAGCUGAUGAACUUUCCUCUUUUUUUUCCCCCUCUUCAAGGACAGAUAUAAUUGAAAAUAUUGCCAAUCUAACUGGGCUGCACUUGCGCAGUCCCCAGCAUUCAAUGUAAUGGCAUCAAUUCCCUGCCCUUUCCUGUUUUUUUUUUUUUAAUAGGUAUUUAAUAAAAUCUAUUUCACAAGUCA